CCCCGUUUUUCGCUUAACACUGAAUGCAACAUUAGCCAAAUAGCUAGCGUCAGAAAAUACAUUUUGUUGACGUCACGCGCUGUGGGCAUUUCGCGGGAUUUGAAGGCCUGUCUGACUCAGGAAGGGGAUAAAAGCACUGAAUAGUACACAGAGUCCCAAGAUCCUCCAGUGGAUCUUUGCAGACUGUGAAGGAUGCCCCCAAAGAAAAAGCCCAGAGUGAGAAAAGCAUCUGCAAAUUCAGGCAAAAUCGUCGAUGCCGAGAAAACCUCUGCAGCUGGCGGGAAGAGGGAAGCUGCAGCUCCUGAUGCAAAAACCGGGAAGGUUUCUGAAUCUGCAGGCUCUCCUGUUUUCGCCCGCUGGCUCAUGAAGUCUGAGCCCGAGAGCCGCUUUGAAAACGGCGUCGACGUGAAGUUUGGCAUCGAGGAUCUGAAGGCUCUGCCCGAUCAGACCGGCUGCUGGGACGGCGUCCGCAACUACCAGGCUCGUAACUUCAUGAGGCAGAUGAAAGUGGGGCAGCAGGCCUUCUUUUACCACAGCAACUGUAAGGAGCCGGGGAUCGCAGGGGUCAUGACAAUCGUGAAGGAAGCCUAUGUGGACCACACUCAGUUUGACAAGAAAGACUCUCACUACGAUGCCAGCAGCACGCCGGACAACCCCAAGUGGAGCAUGGUGGAUGUUCAGUUUCAGAGAAUGAUGAAGCGUUUUGUUCCUCUGUGGGAGUUGAAGGAACACCACCUCCAGCACCGUGCCAACGGAGGACCUCUGAAGGACGCGGCUCUGUUCACCAGGGCCCGGCUCUCCGUUCAGCCUCUCACUCCAGAGGAGUUUGACUUCAUUUUGAGUCUGGAGGACAAAGAGCCACUGUGAAGGACUGGGUUCAUGACGCUGUGAAACCAUUCACUAUUUAGAAUAAUAAAUUAGUUUGUUUUGACCAGAGAUUUCUUCUGGGAGCUUGCUUUAGCAGGAAUACAUUAAACUGUUGCAUGUAAGAAGGAUGCAUUCACAACAUACGGACAACAUGACACCACACGCGCAAGUUCUGCUUGAUGACUAUCUUUGGUUUUAGCUGUCAAGUUGUCAACGCGCGAAAUCUUAAAUGUAUGCGUGAUAUACGAAAGAAAAAAUGACGCAGUGCUUUGCUACUGAUUGUGAACACUAUGAGAAAUAGAUAAUGUCCAAGGGUAUCACAUUUCCCAGGUCAAGAACAGUUUUAAUAAAAAAAAUAGUGAGGUCAGUUAUGCUAGCUUGACUCUGACAACCUUAGCAUGUAGAUGUGCUGUGGAAUUUGGACAUUUGAACAUUAUACGUUUGACUUUCUUCUAAACACAAAUUAGAAUUUUGUUACCAACCAAUACAAGAAUCAUUUUAUGUUGUUCAUAAGGCGAAAAUGAAAAUUGUGCACAAUGCUGAUCUAAAUUAUGCGACUCGUGUUUGCUUGACAGGAAGUGAUGAUGAAAAAUGCAGCAACGACUUCACCGAGUUGAACGCGAUUACAUCAGGGAAGGCAACUCUUUCUUUCCUUUUCUUUUUUUUUGGUGAGUUAUGCAUUUUUAAAGAGAGAAAAAGGAGACACAUCUGUGGAAUUCAUGGUUAUUCUUUUAUAUUAAAAAAAUGUGAAACACUUAUUCUGCCUUUAUCUUAGCAAAGAGAUGCAUUUCUGUUUUCUCAGGCAGAGACUCUAACUAUGUAUUAUAAUGUUGAAAUAGAGAUGGAUUUUCCUCCUUGGAUCUGCUACCCAUCUAGGACAAUUAAAGAUAUGGAAGUUCAGAACAAUAAAACAAAAACCAUGA